CAGAAUUUGCAAAGCGUCCUAAGCUGACGUCACGCCGGUGAGCUGCCGGCAGCGUUGAAGUACAAAACUGAAGCUGCCGUCCCUGUAACGUUUACCUUCGGGGACCUUCAUCCUUCUGAUAUCCCUUUACCCACUCAAUUCCCUACAAAAAAAGUAAAAAAAAAAAAAACCAAGUCAACAUGGCCUUCGAUGUGCGGAGAUUUGAUAUCUACAGAAAAGUUCCAAAAGACCUGACACAGCCAACUUAUACUGGAGCCUUCAUUUCCAUUUGCUGCUGUCUUUUUAUUCUUUUCCUGUUCUUGUCAGAGCUCACUGGAUUCAUUGCCACAGAAAUCGUAAAUGAACUUUAUGUGGAUGACCCAGAUAAAGACAGUGGAGGAAAGAUAGAAGUCAAUCUGAACAUCAGCUUACCGAACUUGCACUGUGAUCUUGUUGGAUUAGAUAUUCAGGAUGAAAUGGGCAGGCAUGAAGUGGGUCAUAUAGACAACUCCAUGAAAAUCCCACUCAACAACGACUAUGGCUGCAGGUUUGAAGGAAAAUUCAGCAUUAACAAGGUACCUGGGAACUUCCAUGUAUCAACUCACAGUGCCACUGCCCAGCCACAAAACCCUGAUAUGACGCAUAUUAUCCACAAGUUAACAUUUGGGGACAAGCUGAAGGUUGAUAAUGUUCAGGGAGCUUUCAAUGCCUUAGCAGGAGCUGACAGGCUAGCAUCAAACCCUCUGGCAUCUCAUGAUUAUAUUUUAAAAAUAGUUCCUACAGUUUAUGAAGACAUGGGGGGCAAACAAAGAUUCUCCUAUCAAUAUACUGUUGCAAAUAAGGAAUAUGUGGCCUAUAGUCACACAGGACGAAUUAUCCCAGCCAUCUGGUUCCGCUAUGACCUGAGUCCCAUCACUGUAAAGUACACGGAGAGACGGCAGCCUGUGUACCGCUUCAUUACCACGGUCUGCGCAAUCAUAGGAGGAACAUUCACAGUGGCGGGGAUCAUCGACUCCUGCGUCUUCACUGCUUCUGAAGCCUGGAAAAAGAUUCAGCUUGGCAAAAUGUCUUGAAAGCACACCGGUGACAUGCUGCUCUGCCAAAAGGGGACAGUUGGUGCCUAAGCAGUUGCACAAGAUUUUUUUUUUUAAACCCGGGCAAUUUGUGCAGAGGGGGCCGAAUGAAACAAUUUAUAGUUCUAUUCCUUUUUUCAAAGAGAGAGAAAUAUUUAGGUUCUUGAGCCAUAAUUCCACUUGUAAAUGUAUUCCCAAAUUGAGAAUUCACUUCACAUUGCCUUUGUCAGGUGUCUCACGCUCUUCAGUUUCCAAGUCCUGUGUGAGUGCCCUGCAGUUACACUGAACAAAUACAAAUCAUGACACACCGUCGUAUCCUUGUUAGUUAUAUAUCAUCAGUCUGUUCAUCGUAUUAAAUAUAUGGUAAGGUAACAUAAACUAAAGCCUGCAAUCCUCUAUGAUUCAACAUUUUUCCAAUAAAAGUGACAUUUUUUUUCUUUUUUUUUAUUGAAGGGAAUAUCGGCAUUCUUUUAGGAACUCUAUGUAAUUUCACAGGACGGUUUUGAACUCCUCCUAAGAAGACUUGAAAGAAGUACAGUAAUAUAGGCCUGUACACAGACUGAACAGCAGAGGGUGCUCUAUGGUAGACAAUCGCGAGCCACGUCUGCUGAUUUCAAGUCGUUUUAGACAACAUACAGAGUUCAAUAUUUGACUCCACACAAAUGAAUACACUGCAGCAUUAUGUUGAAUUAAAUUCAAUUAAACUAUUUUAUUUUGUUAUUUUUUAAACGAGUGAAGGUGUUUUGGCCUGUGUCUUAUAUAUAGCACAUAUAUUCAAAAUUUGGAAAUUAUUGGUGCUGCUUUUUUUGUUAGAGCUCUCGAUUGCCCCGGUGAUCACUAACAAAAUAUUAUGCAUUUUUUGAUCAUUUUCCAGAAUAUUUAGAAAAGGUGUGUAUUGCCAUAUGCUUGUGUUCAUUAUAAUCUUAACUGUGUUUUAUACAGUAUUAAUGAAGAAAAGAAGGGAAAAAAAACUCUUGUAUAUGAACAUAUUGGAAAAAAAUCAACACGUUUUAGGUAUUUCCCAUAAAAACAUAAAAGUGGGCAAGCUUGUCUGGGAACCAAAUGGCAUUCAGUUAAAGAAGCAAAUAAAAAUGUCUCCAAAAAAAAAAAAAAGUAAUCCAUGUAGGCCAAAAUCCGAAAAGCCCUGCCAUGGCGUCUACGUUGUCUUGGUGAGCGAACUCUUACAGGGUCUCUCAGAAGCACCAUUUGUGUUCAAAUGAACACUCGGUUCAUAUGAAAAGAUCACAGCAGAGGCUUUUUCAUUUUCCCAAUAGAGGACAGCGACCUAAAAGCAAAUCUUCUUUCACAGCAGUAAGGAAUGUGUUGUAUGUUAUAAAACUGAGUGCUAAAACAAUUUCUUUAAAGGACAGAGCGCAUGUUUAAUGAACUGCAGAAUACAUUAUGUUUUAUUCAGUAUCAUCAGAAAACGUUUUUUGUGAAUGACUGGCAUUAUUAAUAACGCUGCACACUGUUUGGGUUUCCGUUUCGUCACAUACAGGACACGUCGCUGUGCUCAGAUUAAGACAUGUCUAGUAUGAGGUGAAUGGCGAAUGUGUAAGAGAAUAACAGCAAAAGUUACCCUGUAUAUAAAAUGAUCAAAUCUGAUUGGUGGUUGUUAAUGACAUUAUGCAAAUAUUUACUGUUACAUUGUUCAGUCCUGCAAAUUGCUGGGUAUCCCGAUGCUCUGCAGCCCGUUAACGUUUGAACUGUUUCCUACUGUGCUGAUUUCUCUUAGUUUCGUUUUUUCGUGUCAAGAUGACUGCUGCUGCAAUACGGUCCGUCUGGAAGAUGACAGAGGGCCAGUCUUGUAGAUGGUAAGGUAACUGUAAUGUCUGUUUAUGGACUCAUUUUUCCAGCCCCGCUCACUUUUGUCACUUUUUAGUAUUUUAUGACUGCCGUCCAUAAAGCGUGCGUCUAAUCCUUGUUCUGUAAGGUAUGCCUAAUGGCUCGAGCAUUGACACGUCCUGCCUUAUUAACUCUGUUUUCUCAAGUCACAUAAUCCGUUGUUUUUCCGGUUUCCUCGUACUGCCUGUUUUGACAAGUCAGAAAUAUUUGAGACCCUCCUUCAAUAAUUUGUCCAUUUAUGAAAUGAAUAAUACUCUUAUUACUGUAUGUACAAUCUGUUUUAAGCUGGUGCCGGUGGGUUGGUAUCAUUUUUUGAAAAUGUGUCCCGUAUGUGGCAGUAACAGCACAUCGGUAGCUGGUUAUGUCUGCUUACACACAACACUUUUUUUUUUUGUCCCAUUUUAUUUCUAGUCACUUUUACAAGGGAAUGCGUCAUUUUAAACUGCAGUUGAAAUUCACUUCUAAUUUACAGCCAAACUGUGCCAAACACAGCAGCGCAUGUGGAGAGAGAAAAGAACUGAAAAUAUGCAACAAUAAUUUGUCUCAAGUUGACGACUGGUAAGGGAAUGCUGUACUUUAUAAACUGGUUCUUGUGCAUCCCAGUUCUUGUUAAUUAAUCUGUUUGUGGUGCCAGUGAGACCCCCAGUGUUCUGGUUCUAGCAGGAGGUUUGUUACAAAUGUAGGUUCUUGUUAUAUUUUUCAGGAAAAAUAAACCUGUUUUCAACUGGAAA